UAAAGAGUUUUUACAAGGAAGAACAAGUCUCAUGGUACUAGUUAAGGAUAAUAAGAUAAUACAUGUAAAUGUAAUACCCCAAGAUUUUGUUGUCAGUGAAUUAGCAGGGCGGGAUGUUUAGGGUGGAGGAGGUGGACUGGAAAGAGAACCUAGUUUUUGUUUUCCUGGAUUAUGGUAUUAGGUGGGAGUACGUCUCUUUGUUUAUCUUUCUCCUCCUUUCUUUUUGUGAAGUUGGGGUUGCAGAUGUGGGCCCUAGUGUGAGUUCUGCUUGGAUGAUGUAAGUUCAACAAAGUCCUUUUCUUCUUUUGCUUGAUUUGUGUUUGGUGAAGUUGUCCGUACCUGGAACUUUUGUGUACUCUGUGACUGCUUCUAUGCCGAUACAUUGUUGUGUGGAAUCUUUUAAGGGAGUUGUGCUCUUUCAUUUGUUAAUCCUUAGCUUUGGAUGCUCCUUUUUUUCCCAGUCAAGGAGUCCCAUGAUGUCUCUUCCUUAGAAGGACCUAAACAUCAUAAUAAUAAUAAUGCACCUUUGGGUCACAAAUCUUUUCAAAUCAACCUGUGGUCAAUGCAAUCAUGAUCGUGUUGUAGCUAAUAUUGUUUAUUUGUUUCAUUGGACAACUGGAACAGAACUUAGCUUGCUUUCUGUUUGCAAAAUAUAUCAUGGAUGUAUUAAGGGAACAACUGGUAUGAGCUGAGUUAUGCAUACAUCUGAGGCCAGGGAUAAUGCUGAUCGUUAUUGAACUUUGAGCUAUCUUCUGUCACAACUCUUGAUCAUCUUUGCUCUGGCCUGUAUGCAGAUCUCUGAACUUUCUUUGGUGGGCUUCAUUGUUGGCUACCCAUUUGACAGACGACAACGUGCUCCUGACGCUGUACAAGUGAAGCUAUUCAUCGAUGACCUGUCUAAAACAGGAAAGCUUGAUGGAGUUAAGUACACGUUUUGGAAUGAGUGCUUUACAUCAAAGAAUGCGGAUUUGCUGCUAAAGCCUUUGAACUUGCACCCAAUAGUAUCGAAAACUAUAGUUGACAAGUUUGCUGCUAUUCAGAUUCUUCAGUAAAUGCAUGGAUGGGAGAGAAGCUAUGGCAUUAUCAGGCGGGUCAACUCCUUAUUAUAUUCAUAGAGCGGUUGGUGGGUCUAGUUCUGGCUCGGUAACACACACUGGUAUAGCAGCAUUUAAUUCCCAACCGGGGUUCAGGCCCUUAUCUAACCCUCAGGUUCAGGUUCAGUCAAAUGUUGGAUCAACAUUUACAGGAGAGCCUAAAAACGUCAGUUUUCCUCAUGGCAUUAACAUGGGUGUGUCCUCUGGGAUGCCACCGGGCGAGCCGGUAAAGAAGAAGAGAGGGAGGCCCCGAAAAUAUGCUCCUGAUGGGCAGGUUUCAUUGGGACUUUUGCCUAUGCCUGCCAAGCCUAAGCCUUCAUCAGGAUCAGAUGCUUCUGGCCAAAAAAGAUGCAGAGGCCGGCCUCCUGGGACUGGGCGGAAGCAGCAAUUAGCCACUCUAGGUGAAUGGAUGAACAGUUCAGCAGGACUGGCCUUUGCACCUCAUGUUGUCACUGUUGGAAUCGGAGAAGACAUUGUCGCAAAAAUGUUGUCCUUUUCUCAACAGCGGCCAAGGGCUGUCUGUAUCUUAUCAGGCAGUGGUACAGUUUCCUCAGUAACUCUUCGUCAGCCUGCAUCUUCUACUCCUACUGUGACGUAUGAGGGCCGUUUUGAGAUAUUAUGCUUGUCGGGUUCUUACUUGCUUGCUGAGGAUGGUGGACCCCGCAGUCGAACAGGUGGCAUAAGUGCUUCUCUUUCUACACCUGAUGGUCAUGUCAUAGGUGGUGGGGUUGCAACCUUGAUUGCAUCAAGCCUAGUUCAGCUGGUGGUAUGCAGUUUUGUCUAUGGAGGAUCUAAAACCAAGAACAAACAACUCUCCAGCCCAAAAGGCAGUAAGGAUUCCCUACCCCAGCUCAGCAAUAAAUCAGCUACACAAACUGGUGCACCUUCAACUCAAAAUUUCAGUCACCCUUCUAUGGGUGUUUGGCCUGGUUCACGGCAUGUUGAUCCGAGAAACCCUCACACAGAUAUUGACUUGACGCGAGGAUGAUCAGGGUAUUUUUGUACAUAUGUGUUGUUGUACAUGUGCUGAAUCGUUGAGAAGUAUGAAAAUUUAAAAUCCUCCCAAUUCGCCCAAUAGGGGCAAUUGGUUUGUGCUAACUUAGAUUGUAACAAAGUCACUGAGUUUCUCUAGUGUCACUAGUAAACUUGUUGAAAAAUUAUGUAGUUUGAGCUGAAGGAACGUUAAUAUGUAGCUGGAAGAGAUGCCCAUUUUAAGGGUAACCAGUAUUUCAAGCAAACAAUGGUUGCCAUAUUUUUGGCCAUUGGAUUGUGUUGUAA